UUCUUCACACAGGGAAUGCGUUUUGGGCUGUUAGAAAAAAGCCCAAAUCCAAAGCAAGUAAAACCCCUCCACUCCUCUCCUUUAGGGUUUCUCUGUCCCGCAUAUAUAUCCCGAAACCCUAGCUAUCUUCCUUUGGAUUCGGGGCUCCAAAUAGCAGCAGCCAUGGUCAAGUACUCGCGCGAACCGGACAACCCCACCAAGUCUUGCAAGGCUAGGGGCGCCGAUCUCAGGGUUCAUUUCAAGAAUACAAGAGAGACAGCACACGCAAUUCGAAAGUUGCCCCUGGUCAAGGCCAAGAGGUAUUUGGAGGAUGUUCUAGCCCACAAACAAGCCAUCCCAUUCACUCGCUUCUGUCGGGGAGUUGGGCGAACUGCUCAGGCAAAGAACCGCCAUUCAAAUGGACAAGGACGUUGGCCUGUUAAAUCCGCAGGAUUUAUUCUGGAUUUACUUAAGAAUGCCGAAAGCAAUGCUGAAGUGAAAGGCUUGGAUGUUGAGGCACUUUACAUAUCUCACAUCCAAGUAAACCAAGCCCAGAAGCAGAGGCGCCGUACAUACCGUGCCCAUGGAAGAAUCAACCCCUAUAUGUCAUCUCCCUGCCAUAUCGAGUUAGUUUUGUCUGAGAAGGAAGAACCAGUAAAGAAGGAGCCGGAGAUGCAAGUUGCUUCAAGUACCAAGAAGAGCAGAGGCCUACGCAGUGGUGCUUCUGCUUGAAUGACAUGAUUAAUAGCCGCCUGAUUCUAGAUUGUGUUGGGGGAUGUCAGUCUCUUUGUCCGGUGUUGUCGAAACUGUUCUUUUUGUUGUGUUGCUCUUUUAUGAAAGAUGAUUGAGUUUAUCAAGUUAGUAAGUUGCCAUCACUCGAGAGGUAUAACUUUGAGAUGGAACUUGGUUUUCCCAUAUUGAGUAGUUUUGUCUUUGCCUAGAUCUGUUAGGGUUAUGUUUUUGCAAAACAUGUUACCGUGGAGUUGCUUCUUCAAAUUAUCCGUCUAAA